GCGUAAUGGACUUGAGUAGUGCGUGUUUGCAGACGGUUGUGACGCUUACAACACUCCUCGUAGUGUUUUCUGAGCCUAGAUUCGUUCGAUGUUUUAUCCGUUGUUUUGUAUCAUAGGCCCAUGCUUGAAGUUUGAUCUUAAUCGACUAUUUAGUGUUCAUGAUCACUGCACAGCCGCUGCUUUUAUCGACUCUUCCCCUAAGCUACCGGAAAAAUAAUCCACACAAUGAAUCUUUUGUAAUGGUAAUAAUUCCGCAUUGCUCUUUAAAAAUCAACUGCUGAUUUUACAAAAAAGAACCUAGGCCUGAAAGGAAUGAGACGACAUCAUGGUUUCCAAACAGGAUUACGUGUAUGAACCGGUGGUUAAAUUUCGGCGUAGCGGCAGCGGGAGUGAUGAUGGAUCUGGAGGUGAAGUUGAUAUGGCCAGUCGACAACCUAAGCCUAGGCUAACCCAUAUGGGCAAUGGAUCGACUGAUGAGGUACCAGGAAACAUAUCGGAUGAUCACUUUACUGUGGAUGAAGCAGUAGAGAACAUUGGUUUUGGUCCAUUUCAGAUCAAAUUGUCAGGACUUACUGGGCUUUGCUGGAUGGCUGACGCCAUGGAGAUGAUGAUCUUAAGUAUCUUGUCGCCAGAGUUACGCUGUGUCUGGAAUCUUACCCGCGUCCAAGAAGCGAUGAUAACAACUGUGGUGUUCAUCGGCAUGCUUAUUAGCUCGACUUUGUGGGGCAAAAUAUGCGACAAAUAUGGACGAAGAGUGGGUCUGAUCUUCUCUUCCUGGUGGAUCUUCUAUUUUGGCCUACUCAGCACUUUUGUCCCUACCUACGCAUGGCUCCUCCUCAUGCGAGGUUUAGCAGGUUUUGGGAUUGGGGGCGCUCCCCAAGCUGUUACAUUGUAUGCUGAAUUUCUACCUGCCAAAUUCCGAGGACGAUGCCUAGUAUUCAUUGAGACCUUCUGGGCCAUUGGCGCAUGCUUUGAAGUAGUAAUUGCAUUAGCUGUAAUGCCUACGUUAGGAUGGAGGUACCUUCUAGCAUUCUCAGCACUUCCUGUCCUUAUUUUUAUUGUCUGUUGUAAGUGGCUUCCAGAAAGUGCCAGGUAUUAUGUAGCAUGUGGUCAACAGGACAAAGCACAGGCUGUGAUCAAACAAAUUGCCGUGGAGAACAAAAAACCAAUGCCCCUUGGCAAUCUCAAGAUAGAGGGUGCAUCAGCCAAACGAGGGCGGUACAAGGAUUUAUUCAAAACCAAAGAAGUUGCAAUUACCUCAAGUCUGCUCCUUUUUAUAUGGUUUGCUAAUGCAUUCAGUUAUUAUGGAAUUGUACUUUUAACUACAGAACUGUUUGCCUCUGGUGAAGAAUGUGCAGUUUCCGAAUCAUCAUCUGAGCUACGCUGUGAUGCAGAAUGCACAACCCUUGGAACUAAGGAUUACAUUGACCUUCUUUGGACAACCUUAGCAGAAUUCCCAGGAAUUAUUUUAACUAUAUUACUUAUUGAUCUGAUAGGCAGGAAAAAAACAAUGAGUAUAUUAUUUUUCCUGUUUGCAAUAUUCACCUUACUUGUACUUCUAUGUACAACAAGGACCAUUCUAACAGUGUUUUUGUUUUGUGCGAGAGCAUUUAUUGUUGGCUCAUUCCAGGCUACAUAUGUCUACACUCCAGAGGUAUAUCCCACAUCUGUACGUGCAAUUGGUUUAGGAGCUUGUAGUGGACUUGCAAGGCUUGGUGCAAUUAUAGCCCCAUUUGUCUCACAGGUUCUGUUAGCCUACUCUGCUAAGUUAACAAUUGGCAUCUAUGCUGGAACUACCAUCCUCGCAGCCAUUGCGUGCCUCUGUCUACCAAUUGAAACCAAGGGAAGAGAGAUGGUGAAUGCAGUGAACAGUAACCAAAGUCAGGAGACAUAUAAUGAAGAAAAGACAGUGGACGGCAAUUACCGACAAAUGAAUGAUGGUACAACAUAAUGAAAUGUAUACAACUACAAGAAAUUAUACUUUAAUAUUAAUGUACAGAUUCCUAUUCUGGAUAAAACAAGAGGCUGUCAUAUACAUAAUUUAUUAUAAUCAAAGUGACACAGGGUCAUCAAGAAGAUUUGUGGAUGUUGGGUGGGGGAGUGGGGUAAAGGCAUUAUCCACUCAAAAUGAGUCGCAUGGUUGGUAAUUCUAAAAUUGAGUUUCAAAUAUAUUAUUUUUAUUAAGCUUUCAUAGGAUAUGUAUAUUGACUCAAAAAUAUAUACUGUAAUAUAAUAUAAUUAUCACAGUAUUAAAAAAUGUAUAGACCAAUAUUUCAUGAUAAUAUUAACUACAGUUUAACGAUUAUCUCAAUGUUGUCUCACCAACGAAUUCAAAUAACCUUUAAUCUUUAACCUUUAACUCAUUUUGUGGUGGAACCCCAAAAUGUAUGGGACUGUACUCUUGACAAUGGUUAAGCACAGAUUUGUUGAGCACAGAUCUUUGGCUGCCGGGCAGCUUACAAAGAUAGCUCAGCCUAGAUGAAUAUUUAAGGUCUACUGGGGAUAAGUUGCUACUUUACUACCUCUCUGUGGUACUAAUUAUAAACUUAUUUCGCUGUUGAAACUGGACUCAACUAAUACUCUCGAUCGCGCAACUGCAUAUGUAGAAAGAGUUGCCCUGAAGUCACUCCACUGUAUGCAGCGCUGCCAUAAUUGUGUACAACAUCAGCAUACGCAUCACAUGGACAGUCACAUGCACUGACAAGGCUACUGGAUUAAUAUUAUCACAUGACAAUUGCUUGUCAGAACGUGGGCAGUGGCUUUUUAUCGCAAGGGGUGCUUAUGUCUCCUCAGAUAGCGUGAUUCACAGCUACUUGGCAUUACACUAGCAAUGUCUUUGACACUGCAUUCUAGCUAAAGUGGCUGUUGAUACCUGACAAUUACUUCUUGAAAGUCCACAUUCAACCUUUUAUGCCUGUUGAAAAGUAAUUCUUACCUCAUCACUGAUUGGCUGUGAGGUCAACUGAAGAAUUACAUAAAGAACGCAAUCAAAGUUUGUUGCAAUCAUCAAUAAUGCUCAGUCCACACUAUCAAACUGUUAUAUGCCCUUAUUUAGUCAAGAUAUGCCUAUAUAUGGUCAUGAUGUGAUGUCAUCAUGACUAUAUUUAGGCAUAUCACAUGUUUUAUCAACUAAAAUUUGAUAGUCUGGGCAGGACUUAAUUCUAUAAUUCUAUAUUCAAAGUUUUUUUCAGGGAAAACAAGGAUGUAUAUUUCUAAAAGAGUAAAUUAAUAUAUAUAUAUAUAUAUAUUGUAUAUAUUAUAAAUGUACAUGUUGAUAUGGACAAAUUGGUUAUUUAUUGUGCAAAUAUGAUUCUGGCUAAAUGUCAUACAGUACCUUAAUUGUAUACACACUAUAUGAAACAUUGUAUAAAAAUAUUGGUAGUAAUAGAAUGUAUAAGUAAUUUAAUUUAGUCUUAAGAGUAAAUAUUGAAAUUUAUAUAUGUAUAUAUUUAAAUAAAAUUGCAAUUCAUUUGCUUUCAUCUAGUGGCAUCGACAAGUUUAAUUUAAAUAUUUAUAUUAAACAUACAUUCUUUCUAUUGCCUGUCUUCAUAAUUUCUCCAGUUCUUUAAUCAUCAAGAAAAAUAAUAAAUUUUAAAAACUAACUAAGAAAUGUCAAAUGGGUAAAGGUAUGGAGUGACCUGUCUCAUAGCUAUAUGCUCUCAGGAUUGGACAAAAUCAAUUUUGAACAUUGCAAAUUUACAUUACUCAAACAUUAAAAGCUUAACAAUAACAUGUUGGUACAAGGACCCCACUGCGGACUUACAGUAAGUGGUUUAUUCUUGGUGUUCACACCGAAUAAAACCAAUACCAAUAACUUUACAGGAAAUCAGAGCAUACUGUAACUAUAACUAUACUUUUAUUACCAUUUUCUUAAUCGAAAAAUACUGGUUGUGGUUCUUUGGUUUCAGAAACUGGCGCACUCUAUAGGCAAACUUACCAAUGCACUACUACGCCCUCUCAACUUUAAAACUUUUUCGUACGUGUAAAUUACUCUAUGAUUAAUCCACAACUACACGAACAUUGAUAACUGUAAAAGUAGGUGGUAAGCUAAACCUUGUAUUCUGUGUGGUUAUGUUCUGUGUUAUUUAUAAAUGCAUAGAUAUUUUGGUCUUACGUUGUCUUAAGUAUUUUUGUGUAUUAGAAAUCUGAUAGGAUUUGGAAAGUACAUGUGUAGACCAUUAUGAAAUGUGGUUGGUUCUUAGCUGCUUAUGCAUCGUGUAGAACCAAUAUAGAGCUCUAUUGAAGAUAUAAUGUAUAUGGCAGAUGAGUCUUGUGUAGCAUAUUUCACAAUAUACGUUUCAGAAAAAAUGUAAAUGUUGAGAUGAUUAAUGAAUAAAUUUAAAAUCGAUAUAUAUUUGA